AUGGCUGAUGGGGAAUAUAACUUUUCACUAACAACAUUUAGUCCAACGGGAAAGUUAGUACAAAUUGAAUAUGCUUUAAAUAGAGUAUCUAGUAGUUCUCCAGCCUUAGGAAUUCGAGCAAAAAACGGAGUGAUAAUUGCCACGGAGAAAAAAAGUCCCAAUGAGCUGAUCGAAGAAAACAGUAUUUACAAAAUUCAACAAAUCAGUGAUCAUAUUGGUAUAGUAUAUGCUGGUAUGCCAGGUGAUUUUCGAGUGUUAUUGAAAAAGGCAAGAAAAGAAGCUAUAAAAUAUUCUUUACAAUAUGGAAAUGAAAUAUUAGUAAAAGAACUUGUAAAAGAAAUAGCAUCAAUUGUUCAAGAGUUUACACAAACAGGAGGUGUCAGACCAUUUGGUUUAUCCUUAUUAAUUUGUGGUGUUGAUGCUUAUGGAUAUCAUUUAUAUCAAAUUGAUCCAUCAGGUUGUUAUUUUAAUUGGAUGGCAACAUGUAUAGGAAAAGAUUAUCAAAAUAAUAUCUCAUUUUUAGAAAAAAGAUAUAAUAGUGAUAUAGAAGUUGAAGAUGCUAUACAUACAGCCAUAUUAACUCUUAAGGAAAGUUAUGAAGGUGUUAUGAAUGAAAAGAAUAUUGAAAUAGGGGUUGUAUGUAAUAAUAAUACCUUUAAAAUAUUAACACCCAAUGAAAUUAAAGACUAUUUAAUAGAAAUAGAAUAA